AUGGAUCACCAGACCAUGUCAAAUGUGCCGCCCCGUAUCGGUUCAGCGCCCCUCUCGCACCCGCAGCAGCCGUUUCAGCGCGUGCCAAACCGCACCCUCGGGGGGUUCCGUGGUUGUCCACCACGCCCCGGCGGCGACCGCCCACCGUCGCUGCCGCCUUCCCAGUCGAACUUCUUUGAUCGGGCGGCGCCCCCGCAGCCGACCGGGCCCCCGGCGUCUAGUAACCCGGCCGACCGCAUCUACGACAUAGCGGAGUUUGUCAAAUUCCAGCACACAAAGGAGGCGCCGCCAAAAGGUGUUCUUGAGUUCGUCAAGGAGUUAUGGAAGGAGAUGCCGGAGAACAAGGACAGUAGGCCGGAGCAUAUUCUCUCUCGUGAGAGCCUUUUCAGGGGCGAGUCCAUUCCCUCCAAGGUGAUGAAGGAGCGUAAGCUGCACAACGAGGUGCUCGGUAUUCUGGGAAGGGUGGGCGAGGGCAACCUGCAGGCGAUGAAAAAGGAGCUCACCAACCUCCCAAUCCGCCAGUCCACCGACAAGGAAAUUCAAGAAGUCAUUCAGGUCAUCUUCAACAAGUCCAUCCAGCCGGAGGACAGUAUUUUCGUGCCGUACUACGUGAAAUUGGUGGUCGCGCUCAUCAACGACAUUGGCGAGGGGGAACCGGCAGGACGCCUAAUUCGCAAUGCGAUUAUCCGGCAGUGCCAGAGUACGUUUGAAAACUCCGAAGAAGCACAGGCGCAGCUGGAGCGAGAAAUAGCAAAGCUGCCAGAGGAGGAGGCUGAGCAGCGUCGACUAAUAUUUGCGGGAAAACAGAAGGCCAAUAUUAACUUCUUGGGGCUUUUGUUUACUCACGGCCUUGUCCGUGAGAAGGUAGUGUUGCAUGUCCUUGAGUGGCUUCUCUACGGCACCGAGCGCAAGCGACGGUUCCCGGCGGACUACGAGCUGAUUCACUUUAUGAACCUCCUCCUGACAUGUGGCAAAAGCUUUUCAAAAGAGGGCCAGGAAUUUGUGCCCAAGUUUCGUGCUGUGAUGGAGGAGCUCAUGCACACGCACCCCCAGCGACGCAUGCAGUUUCUGCUACUCAACACUGUAGAGACGAUAGACAACAAUUGGGAGCCGCCGUUUGGUGCCAAGGCGGCGUCUUCACACGACAACGACAAUGAGCGGCGGCACGAGGCGCCGCAGCCACCUCGGAAUAAAUUAGUACUAGCGCCCCCAAUGAAUCCAAUUCCGUCGCGGGAUGGGUUCUGGGCGGCGAUGGAUAAAUUCUUCGUCACGAGUAGCGCGGAGGAGGUGCUGACGCUGCUCGCCGACAUCCCCGAGGAGACACGCAUUGUGUACUGUACCUCGGUGAUCCAUCGCUACAUGACCACCACGCGCUGCGUGCAGCAGCGUGCCAGGCUUGGUGAGCUGUUUGAGGAGCUGGCAAACAAACGCGUGCUUCCCGUGGAGGAUGUGCGGAAGGCGCUCUUCAAUCACCUGCGCGAUGCGGUGCGGGAGGACCUCUUCACAGAUGUCCCAAGGUACUUCAGUAAUUGGGCAGUUGUGGUGAAGGGUGGCCGCGACGUGUUUCCGCCGUCGCUGCACACGGAGUUCCUUAACCUGCUGGUGGACAACGGGGCCAGCCGGGAGACGCUGGUCGACAUGGUGCGGGAGGUGCAUAAGCUGCAGAGCGAGACCCCGGGGGCGGUGGAGACAGACGCGCGGUCGCGCUUCCGCGUCCUUCCCGCCCUGCUGCGCUACACGCCCCCGCUGCUCUCCGGCGACGCCGCGGACGACUCCGAGGACAUCCUUAAGCAGCUUAGCGAAUACGACUCCGACGUGGAUUACUUUUACCACUUCUGUGAGCAGGUGGACUCGAGAGACGUCUUCAUGUGCACCAAUUCCCUUGGAAAGACCCCGCAUUUGGCCUUUUCGAUGAUCUCCGCCAUUUUCACGUUUGUGCGCUUUGACGUGGAGGCCCUCUGCCGGGAGUACAAGGAGGCGGUGAAGAAGCUGGUGAACACGAAGCAGCUGCAUCUGCUGCUGGAGGAGGUUUACGUCACCUGGCGGGCCCUCGACCGCACCCCGGAGAACAGCUUCCUGCUGUUUGUCAAGGCACUCCGCUCACUCAACGCGACGAGGGAUCAACUGGACAAAUUUAAGACGCUUCUCACGAAGAAUUACGGAACGGCUGGCAAGAAAGACGCCGCCAUGCUUGACAAGCUAAAGUAG